CCGUCCUGCAACCCGAAUACGGAAGCGAACUACCAGUGUUCCGAGGAUCUGUUGAGGGUACGCAGCCAAUGAUAUUCGCCAGCGCUCUCCAAACAGGUUCCUUCCCAAUACACCAUCUGAUGCAGACGAAGCAGUCCAACAUAACCAGUGCAGGAAAAAGCAACUCCACAAUUGCGAACCGCCAGAGUCGCCCUCUGCCCGCGCCAGUCUGGCUUCAGUCAGCGACAAAGCCGCAGAGUCUGCUUCAAGAGGAGCAGCACGACUUUUCCGGCGCGGCACCUGCUGCUCAGUAUUCAACUGCUGCUGCACCGAAAGGAAGCCAGCGAAGGUUGAAGCACCAGCACGCCACUACUGCCGCCGUCAGUCCAGCAGCAUGGCUUGAAGCGCAGCUGGUUGCGCCCUCUAAAAAACGUACGCGAGAGGAGGAAGUCACAGGUGUAUUGCAAAGGGCUCACCAACCAGAUGUCGCAUCCGACUCAAAGCAAACGAUUGAGCAGACAGAGCACCAAAGAUCUCUAGAAACUGGUCGCAGCACUCACCGGCAAAGCGGAAGCGGACUGCCACCGUUAGAGGCGCCCGAAGAAGACGACCUCAUGUGGAAUUUUGUAGUGGAUACUGUACUCGAUAACCGCUGCCUUCCCGAUUCCGUUUCAAGGGAGUUGGACUUUUCCCACUGGCAGAGACCACUCAUGGGCAUAUUGUACGUCAAAGCGGGUUUUCCGACCAUGUCCUCGGAGAAGAAACUCAACUACUACCCGGACUGCGUGAACGCCUUUUUCAAAGAUUCCUCUUCUGCCGGAGUAAGACAUCGCCUGGUGGGAACUGGUUGUAACGCGACUACGUAACGAAAUCUUCAAUCACA